AUGGUUAACCUACCUGAUAUAAUUUCAAUUGAGCUACCAGAUGGUCAAAAGUAUGACCAGCCUACUGGGCUUUUCAUCAAUAAUGAAUUUAUCCCAUCUAUCAAGAAAACCACCUGGACUUCGAUUAAUCCAGCAACCGAAGAAGAAAACGCUACCGUGUAUUGUGCUACAGAAGAAGAUGUCGAUAAUGCCAUUGGGGUAGCUCGAGGUGCAUUCAAAUCCACCUGGAAGAAGUUUCCUGCUGGCGAAAGAUCCAAGCUCAUCCUCAAGCUCGCAGACCUCAUCGAUGCUAACAAACUUCUCCUUGCGGGAAUUGAGGCGUAUGAUUCGGGGAAACCAAAAAUGACCAACUGCUUGUACGACAUUGAAGAUGUCGCCAAUGUGUUCCGAUACUAUGGUGGCUGGGCCGACAAAAUCCAAGGGAAAACCAUUCCUAUUGAUGGUAAGCAUCUAUCGUAUACCAUUCAUGAACCGCAUGGGGUGGUGGGGCAAAUUAUUCCUUGGAAUUACCCAUUGGAUAUGUUAGCUUGGAAAAUCGCCCCGGCCAUUGCCGCGGGGAAUACCGUGGUAUUGAAGACUUCUGAAUUGACACCAUUGUCAGCAUUAUAUUUUGGGAAACUUAUUGUCGAAGCAGGAAUCCCUCCAGGGGUGGUGAAUAUUUUAACCGGUACUGGGUCGGUGGUGGGGAAAUAUUUAGCAGGGCAUCCAGGGAUCGAUAAAGUGGCGUUUACUGGGUCAACGAAAGUUGGUAAAUUGGUGCAAAGUCUUGCUUCUACAAACUUAAAUUCUGUGUCGAUGGAAACUGGAGGCAAGUCUCCGGCAAUUGUCUUUGACGAUGCCAAUAUUGAUAAGACGCUUUAUUGGACCGCGAUGGGGAUUUUUUAUAAUUCGGGCCAGGUGUGUUCUGCCACUUCACGGAUUCUUGUUCAAGAUACCAUAUAUGACGAAUUUGUUGAGCGUUUCCGUGAAUUCUCUGAGAAAUCUUAUAGAUGUGGCGAUCCAUUUAGUGAUGCUGGUGUUCCAGAAGAUGAUGUUACAAUAAUUGGACCGCAAAUUUCUGGUUCCCAAAAGACAGUGAUUCUUGAGUACAUAGAGUCGGGUCAGUUGCAAGGAGCCAGGCUAAUUCUUGGGGGUUGCGAACAACCUGUUGACUUGAAGAAAGGAUACUAUGUUCAACCUACGAUUUUUGCUGAUGUGACCCCGGAAAUGAAGAUUUUCAAAGAGGAAAUUUUCGGGCCAGUGGUGACGAUCACCAAGUUUUCUACAACUGAAGAGGCAAUUGAAUUAGCCAAUCGCACAGAAUACGGGCUCGGGGGGUCUAUCUUCACUAAAGAUCUCGCAAAAGCUCACCUUGUGUCAAGUGAUCUAGAAAUUGGUACAAUUUGGGUCAAUUCGAGUAAUGAAUCAUCACCACAAGUGCCUUUUGGUGGAGUCAAAAUGAGUGGGUUUGGCAGGGAACUAGGAGAAUAUUCUCUCCAAUUGUACACCCAGGUGAAGAGCAUCACCAUCAAUUUUGAGUGA